CGCUUCCUCCUCCUCCUCCCGCGCGGGCGGCGCGUGAUGCAGCGCUGAGCGAGCGCGCGCCACCGCCCCGCCCUCCCGCGGGUCACGUGGGCGCGCUGUUUGGAGGCGGCGGCGUGAGCGGCACCGGGAGCGCGCGGGGCGCCGUGAGGGAGCGGCACCGGGAGCGGCACCGGGAGCGCGCGGGGCGCCGUGAGGGAGCGGCACCGGGAGCGGCACCGGGAGCGCGCGGGGCGCGGUGCAGCUAAAAGCUGAAGCUGUAACGCACCCAUGAGUGAGCAGCACUAGUCGUGUGCAUCCAUGGCCUCUGUGCCAGUAAUCCCAGACUCUUACAACCAUGUCUUGGCAGAGUUGGAAUGUUUGGAUCCAUUGCUUUCUGCACUCAGGUUGGAUUCCAGUCGUCUCAAGUGCACGUGUAUAGAUGUGUCAAAGAGAUGGCUGGCUCUAGGCAGCUCAGGAGGAGGACUGAACCUUAUCCAGAAGGAUGGUUGGAAGCAAAGGCUCUUUCUCACUCACAAGGAAGGUGCCAUUUCCCGGGUGGCCUGUUGUUUGCAUGAUGAAGACUAUGUUGCUGUUGCCACCAGCCAAGGCCUUGUAGUAGUCUGGGAGCUGAAUCAGGAACGUCGUGGGAAGCCAGAACGGAUUUAUGUUUCCUCUGAGCAUAAGGGCAGGAAAGUCACAGCUCUGUGCUGGGAUACAGCUGCCCUUCGAGUUUUUGUAGGAGAUCAUGUGGGAAAAGUAUCAGCCAUCAAGAUUAACACAUCUAAACAAGGGAAGGCUGCAGCUACUUUUGUGAUGUUUCCUGUCCAGAUUAUAACCACUGUAGAUUCUCGGGUGGUUCAGCUUGAUUAUUUGGAUGGAAGACUGCUCAUAUCUUCACUUACCCGCACUUAUUUAUGUGAUACAGAGAGAGAGAAGUUCUGGAAGAUCGGUAAUAAAGAGAGAGAUGGAGAAUUUGGAUCAUGUUUCUUCCCUGUUGGAAAAAACAGUGGGAAUCAGCAGCCAUUAAUAUACUGUGCUCGGCCUGGCUCGAGGAUGUGGGAGGUGAACUUUGACGGGGAAGUGCAAAGCACACAUCAGUUCAAGCAGCUGCUCUCGUCACCACCUCUUCCUGUUGUUACUCUCAGGCAGGAUCCUCAUUACACUGGUUCCAGCUGCUCACCACAAUCUUUAUCUUUCCCCAAGCUGCUGUAUUUGACUGAGCACUGUGUGGUGACCUGGACAGAAAGAGGCAUUUAUAUUUUUCUUCCCCAAAGCCUUCAAGUGUUACUCUGGAGUGAAGUUAAAGAUAUUCAGGAUAUUGCAGUUCACAAGAGCGAGUUGUUCUGUCUGCAUACAAAUGGCAAAGUUGUGCACCUCUCCCUUCUGCUGGUCGACCGCUGUGUAGAGCGUCUGAUGAGAAGAGGAUUCUGGACCCUCGCUGCCAGGGUCUCCUGUCUCUUCCAAAAUUCAGUUGUUUCUUGCAGAGCAAGAAAAAAUUUGCCUGUAGACAAGCUGGAGCACUUGAAGUCUCAGCUGGAUCCUUCAACCCAGCAAGACCUCAUUGUGCAACUGGAAGAGCUGAUUGCAAAGUUGGAACCUCUAGAUUCUGCAUGCAGCAGUAGAAGGAGCAGUAUUUCAUCUCAUGAAAGCUUCAGUGUCUUAGACUCUGGAAUCUACCGUGUUAUCAGUCGAAGGGGCAGUCAGUCCGAUGAAGACUCAUGUUCCCUCCACAGUCAAACAUUCUCAGAAGAUGAGAGACUUAAAGAAUUUCCUGCACACCAUGAAGAUGAACAACUAGAACUUGAGAACGUAUCUCAUGCAUCUGUGGUGGUUGAGGCUGACCGGAAUGAGACAUUUCUCCCAUUCAGUAUCCCUUUGUCAUUCCGUUCCCCAUCUCCUCUCGUCUCUCUCCAAGCUGUCAAAGAAAGUGUUUCCAGCUUUGUACGCAAAACCACGGAAAAGAUUGGCACACUUCAUAUAAGUCCUGAGUCUAGAGGGAAGCAUGAAGCAAAGGAUGAUGAGCAGCUGCCAGAGCUAACUCUUAAUCCAGUAGCAUCUCCCCAGGAAGAAAAAGAGUCAGAACCCCAGAACUGCCACCUUCCUGAGGAGGACCGUCUGAGAGAUCUCAAGGCUGCAACAGCAGAAACUAUAGCCAAGCUCCAGGAUCCCUUGGUUUUGUUAGAACCUCAGUGUAUGAGAAGGGUCUUACAGGAAUGGCUUGUCUAUCUAGAAGAAAAAUUCAGCCAGGAGCAUUCUGCUUUGUCUGCUAAGAAAAGCAAGACUCUGUGUGCUGAAGAACAGAGGGCAGUCCUGGAGGAAAACCUGCAAGUGCCUCCAGCUGACAGAGACCCAGUAGACAAGGAACAGAGUGGUAUUUUGGAAGACUGCAUUGAAAAGGAAAAUACUGAUGAAACCUGUACAGGCAAAUCCAUGUGUGAAAAUGGUACUGAUGUGACUGGGCCUCUGGGCUGUGGCUUUCAGGUGUCUCCUCCAUGUACCAUCGAACCUGAUGUUCUGAAGGAUCUUGUGGAGCUGACAACUCUGUGCUUUGAGCUGCAUGUCUUUUCUGGUGGGAGUGCUGAGGCUGAGGAGAGCUCUGAGGGGAGUCUGCCACCAGCAGCUUCAGGCACCUUGGCUUGUAGGUUUAUGCGAAGCUACUUCUUCCUUUUGGAUUUAAAGAGAGUAAAGCAGUGUAUUAUAACCACGUGUGCCACCAGCCCUAAUGUAUGGGAAACAUACAUUGCAGGAUUGAAAGAAAUAACUUGUCACAGUCCAGUGGCUUUAGCAAUGGAAAGUGAAGAUAUGUUGAAAAUACUGAAGCUGCUGCAUGACCUGGGGCCAUGGGAUGACAGCCCACUGUUGCUGGCACAUGCUCAAAGGCUUUAUGAAAAAUUUGGGGAAACAGCUCUUCGGCCGUUGAUCAAGUUCCACCCCUCUAUUUUGCCUUAUGAUAUUAAACAGCUUUGCAGGAAUGAUCCAGCUCACUUUUUAGCAUAUUUAGAUAGUCUGGUGAAAUCAAAGCCAGAGGAUAAAAGGCCAUUUCUCCUUAGGUCUCUUCUGCAGCCGGAAUCUGUGCGGUUGGAGUGGUUGUGCUUGGCAGUUUCUCAUGAUGCUCCACAAAGGGCAAACACUGUGGAUGAGGAAGGAAAUCCCAGGCCACGAUCACAUUUGUUUACCUGGGGCUACAGCCAGCUCAUUCUGCUCUUGAUUAAACUCCCAGCUGAUUUUGUUAUGAAAGAGAAGAUGGCUGACAUCUGUAAAUCACAUGGAUUUUGGCCUGGAUAUCUUUUUCUCUGUCUGGAGCUGGAUAGAAGAAUAGAAGCCUUUACUAAUAUUGUUCAUUUGGAUGAUUUGAGCCUGUUGAAUGGAGAAGAUGGUUCCAUUCCAGAGACUAUAGAAGAAUGGAAGUUUGUUCUGCAUCUUGCACAGAAUCACCGCACAGCUUCCCACCAGCACAGCCCACAGAAUGGGAAUGCUGUCAGCAAUGGAGGCCCCAGCUGCCCAGACUGCAUCACUGUGGAAAACAUUGCUCUGUUGCUGGCCAAGGCCAUUGGCCCAAAUCGUGCCUUGCCUCUCUUGCAGGAGUGUGGCUUGACACUAGAAUUGUCUGAGAGGUUUACUGGUGUCUGUGAGAUACUGAGGAUCGCUGAGAAAAGGCAGAGAGCGCUGAUUCAGUCCAUGUUGGAAAGGUGUGACCGGUUUUUGUGGUCUCAGCAAGCAUAGAAAGCAGCUUGGGAGAACUCUGGGAACAUUUUAUACUGUAAUGACUGUAUAUUCAAGUGCCUCUUAGAUUUCACAGGCCCUUAAAAAUAACAAACUCCUGUCUAAAAGUUCAGUUAUACUGAGCCAGUCUCCAUCUGGCAGGUAUCUGACCUGGAAGUGGUGACAGUUCUUCCUUAUUCCUUUGGAGAAGACUUUUGAACUGUAGAAUAUAGAUCAAAACAAGCCAGUAUUUAUCUUGAAAUUAAGCUCAUAGAUUUCCAAGAUGAAAAUUGCUGAAUUUAUUUUCUGAGUCUAUAACUUAAGUGUUCAGAGAUAUGAACCCCUAAGUAUUAAAUUAUGGUGUAUAAAA